CCGCCUUAUUUGUUUUGUACAUUUUAUUAGUUUAUAGUCUUUAAUUAAUUUGUUUAAACUAUUGUUUGUGAUUGUGUGAUCGUUUAAUUGCUUACUUUAAACAAAAUGAGUUCUCCAAUCCCAGACACACCUUCAGACCGCGAAGGAGCUCAAUCACGAAUGACAUCACCAGCAAGAGAAUAUGAAAUGUUUGAAGAUGAGGGGGCUAUACUCGGUGAUAAUCCUCUUGAGGAAGAAGAAGAUGGAGAGGAACUUUUCAAUGAUAAUAUGGAAGCUGAUUAUCGUCCUAUGCCCGCGCUGGAUCGCUAUGAUAAUGAAGACCUUGAUGAUGAUGAAUACGAUGCAAUGUCCAUUCGAGACCGUGUGGCAGUUGAACAGGAGCUCCGAAGAAGAGAUAGAGAUGAAGGAAGAAUAAGACGUGAUGAUCGUGAUCUGUUGUACGAUGAGUCGGAUGAUGAAAAUGCCGAUGCCCCUCGAGCGAAACGAAGGAGGGCUGCGGAGAAGGCAGCGAUGGGUGCAGAAGAACAAGUGGAAGAAGGUAUCGAAAGUAUUGAGAAUUUAGAGGAUACUAAAGGUUACACCACCAAGGAGUGGGUUUCAAUGCUUGGACCUAGAACUGAAAUUGCUAACAGGUUCAAGAACUUCCUUAGAACUUUCACAAAUAACAAAGGCCAGUUUGUGUACAAGGACCGUAUCAGACGCAUGUGUGAGCAUAACCAAGCUUCCUUUCAUGUUGAGUUUGAUUUGUUAGCUCAUAGAGAACAAGUUUUAGCCUAUUUUUUGCCUGAAGCUCCCUUCCAGAUGUUGCAAAUAUUCGAUGAGGUGGCUAAAGAGAUAGUCCUCCAAAUAUUCCCAAGCUACGAACGCGUGACCUCUGAGAUCCACGUCCGCAUAUCAGACUUACCACUCAUUGAGGAACUUCGCACCUUCAGAAAACUUCACCUCAACCAGCUUGUGAGAACUGUUGGAGUGAUAACGUCAACCACCGGAGUAUUACCACAACUGUCCGUUGUUAAAUACGAUUGUAACCGUUGUGGGUAUAUACUGGGACCAUUCGUGCAGUCACAGAACUCUGAAGUCAAACCCGGGUCUUGUCCAGAGUGUCAGAGCUCUGGACCAUUUAUGGUGAAUAUGGAACAAACAGUGUAUCGGAACUAUCAAAAGGUCACCAUCCAGGAGUCUCCAGGACGGAUCCCGGCCGGCAGGAUACCUCGUAGCAAAGAUGUCAUAUUACUGGCAGAUUUGUGCGACCGAUGUAAGCCCGGUGAUGAAGUUGACUUGACCGGUGUAUACACCAACAACUAUGAUGGCUCAUUAAAUACUGAACAGGGAUUCCCAGUAUUCGCGACAGUGAUAAUCGCGAAUUACAUCGUUGUGAAGGACUGCAAGCACAUUGUUGAAUCCUUGACCGAUGAAGAUGUAGCGAACAUAGUCAAGUUGUCGAAGGAUCCGAGAAUCGGCGAUAGAAUAGUACAAAGCAUAGCGCCUUCUAUAUACGGAUACGAUUACAUUAAAAGGGGAUUAGCUUUAGCGCUCUUUGGAGGAGAACCUAAAAAUCCAGGCGAGAAACACAAAGUGAGAGGCGACAUCAACGUUCUUAUAUGCGGGGACCCCGGAACAGCCAAGUCGCAGUUCCUGAAAUAUACUGAAAAGAUAGCUCCCAGGGCCGUGUUCACGACCGGCCAGGGGGCCAGCGCCGUCGGUCUCACCGCCUACGUGCGGAAGAACCCAACCACUAGGGAGUGGACGCUAGAAGCCGGUGCGCUAGUACUGGCGGACCGCGGCGUCUGUCUCAUCGACGAAUUCGACAAAAUGAAUGACCAGGACCGGACCUCCAUACACGAAGCGAUGGAGCAACAGUCCAUAUCCAUAUCCAAGGCGGGGAUCGUCACGUCACUGCACGCCAGGUGCUCCGUGAUAGCGGCGGCCAACCCCAUCGGCGGGCGCUACGACGCCUCGCUCACGUUCUCAGAGAACGUUGCCUUGUCCGAGCCCAUCCUGUCGCGUUUCGACGUGCUGUGCGUCGUGCGCGACGAGCCCGACCCCAUGCGGGACGCGCACCUCGCCAGAUUCGUGGUGAGCUCGCACAUGCGGCACCACCCGAGCUCGCCCGCGACGUCACUAGACCACGCCGCCCCCGACCCCGACUUCGUGCUGCCCCAGGACCUCUUCAAGAAGUACAUCGUGUACUCCAGGGAGAACGUGCACCCCAAGCUGCAGAAUAUGGAUCAGGACAAAGUCGCGAAAAUGUACAGUCAGCUCCGGCAGGAGUCCCUCGCGACGGGAAGCCUGCCCAUCACCGUGCGACACAUUGAAUCAGUGAUCCGCAUGUGCGAGGCUCACGCCCGCAUGCACCUACGGAGCCAGGUCAGCGAGGAGGACGUGAACGUGGCCAUCCGCACCAUGCUGGAGAGCUUCGUCGACACGCAGAAGUACAGCGUCAUGCGAGCCAUGAGACAGACGUUCCAAAAGUAUUUAUCCUACAAAAAGGAUCACAGUGAGCUGCUUUAUUACAUCCUGAGGCAGCUGACCAUAGACCAACUGGCCUACAUGAGAGGCCUCCACAACCAUUCACAAUCAACAAUAGAAAUCUCCGAGAGAGAUCUGCUCGAGAGGGCCCGUCAAAUAAACAUAACGGAUCUGAAACCAUUUUAUGACAGUAACAUAUUUAAAAUCAAUAAUUUCAGUUAUGAUCAAAAGAGGAAGGUAAUUGUGCACUUACUACCCGAAGUGCCCAGUGCUUCAUAAAAUAAACAAAGUCCAUCGGCUUCAAUUUUCUUUAUGAUAUUAUUUUUUUAUUGUUUUAAUUUACAAGCAUUUGAGAUUUAAUAAUUAUGAAUUAAGGCUUUCACUGAAGUUGUUUUAGUCAUAAAAGUUUGCAAGAGUCGAUUCGUUUUGAAUAUGAGAGAAGAAUAUAAUGUUCUCUAAAUAUUUACUACGUUACGGCGAAGUUGUUUCUAAAAGUAUGAAUAAAUGAAGUUACCGAUCCCCCUACUAAUAAGGAAUUACCAUGGUUCAGAUGUCACAACCCGUCACCUUUCUUAUCACAUGACGUUUCAGUCUGUGUUAUCUAUAUUAUCUACUAUAUAAUAACUUAUAUCUACAAUAAUAAUAAAACGUAUCAUAUUUUGUGUUCUUCGUUGUUUUGCGUCAUAAUAAGCACAAUUAGGUACUACCGUGUUAACUAUUUAUGUCGCAAGUAGCCAGUAUUCCGAUUUAAUAUGUAGGACAACCAUCACUAGAAUACAAGUCGAGACCUCACGUCCCAAGAUCGGUUGUGACAUUCGCACCUGUGUCAGCUUCGGUGAUCACUUAACGUCCGGUGAAACCUGAUAAAAAUACUUGUUUUUAAACGCUGCAAUCUGCCUACGAAAGCUACAGGAGAAACGUGCCCACUUUGUAUGUGUAACAGAAAUCUUGGCACGGAUUACGUCUUGUUCAACUAACAAUAACACGAUUGAUUCAUUGAAUUUAUUUUAGCAGAGUUCUAUUAACACUAAAAACAUUGCAGUUAUGAAGAUAAAAAAAGGAUUUUAAUUACGACAGUGUGAACAAUAGCCGAUUGCCAAUGUGACGCAAUGUGCCGAUAUACACAGUAAAACCCACCUUUACCCUAGUUUAGUUUAGUAUAGUUAGGCUAUUACACAGCUCCUAUUUAAAAAUGAUAAAAAAAUCUAACUAAUUUUAUCAUUUCGAUCGCCUUAUGCGUAAAAAGUAAAUAAUUUUAAGGAUAAUUAGCUCAUAAAUAAAUGCCUUGCCUGAUUUUAGUGAAACUUUCGUCAUCGAUUUUGUGUUAAAAUGUUUGCUAUUUUAAGUAUUUUAAUAGAUUGUGAUCUAUAGUUUUAAAGUACAUUGAAUAAACUGAUGUGUAAGA